AUGAGAUCCACCUUGGCUUUUCUGGUGGUUUUGACUUUCUAUUCCGGAGGUGCACAGGCCGGUAAGUCUUAUAUAUAGAUCCUAAAACGCCUCUCAGAUUGUUUCUUUUUCCUCGAAGAUAACAAAAGAUUUUAAAAACUUCUAUUUAAGGAUUGUUUUGAUAACGAAUAAAUAAUUUUGUGAACUGGUAGGUAACGAAUUAAACUAAAACAUUUGAAAAUAACGGGAAAAAAUAUAUUUAGUUUCUGACAUUCUGAAGUACCAUCUAGGUCUAGUGUUGCCAAUCUUAGAUUUUGAUUGAUCUUCUAUUUUGACUGCCCGGUGAUCAGUUGACUAAACUGAUGUACUUGGAAACCGAGUGUCUUUAAAAGUCGCCGAUCGCAAGCGGGUCAUUUAGAUAGAACUGUUCUAUGGUUUCAGAUAACUAAGCCACAACGCUGGCCUAUUAGGAACGACCGAAACUUGUCACAUAAUUAUGUUUGGAUUGCUGCCAGAGUUUUUUGUUAACCUUUUAUGAUCGGCGGUCCAGCAGCAUUUGUUUGCUUUUGUAAUUAAUGGAUUUACUGUGGUUUUUCUGAAUCAGUACCUCAGCGUGAAACACUCUCAAACAAAUUUAAAGAACAAUUUAAAAAUUAUCACCUCAAAUAAAGACAUUGUGAAAGAAAGACAGGAAGACUUUCUACGGUUAACAGAAUAUAUAAAUCAAAUUUGCUUUAUUUUGCCUUAAUUUCUUAGACUGUAAACAAAUCACGCUUUCUUGUAUGCAGCUACAUUUUGAAAGACGCCAUAAAAGUGAUAUUUCGAUCGUCAUGGUUUCGGCUCUCCAGUGAAGAGAAUUCCAAAUGAAAAAAAAAAAAAAAAACGACGCCGAUAAAGUCCAAAAGCUCUCAAGUGAUUUGUCGCUCGUUUAUUCAUUCCAUAUUGGAUUAUGGUUCCACUUUACUUUUCUUUUUUUUUCAAGACGGGAAGAAGCAGUUACUGCCAGGUUUGCAGACUGCCCAUUUUCCAUUGAGCGUUCAACUGCGAUAUGUUUUUUGUUCCUGUCAUGGCGGUUUUCAGCAACCCAGACAUUUCAGAAAUGUCAAUUUUCUGUUGCUCCUUCUACAGCAACAAGAGCCCAUAACAUUGGAGUGUCCAUCGGUUUCCAGUAAUUGUCACUGCACCUUACACUUAAAUUUUAUUUAAUUUAUAUUUUCUCCACGAAUUCGCAUUGUUUACAAUGGUCCGCCAAAUUCGUUGGAAGCUCGUUGAUCCUUACUUCCGACGUUCCCAGUGUAACCCUUUUCACCUAUUUCAUUCGCUACUGUUGGAACGAAAGACUAAUCUAAAAAACCUGGCGUAAAAAUUUAAAACCUGUGACACAUGCGUUAUGAGGCUAUUGGGGGCCGAUCAUAUGACACCUGGCCCGGUUCAAAAUCUAGCACCGGCUUAGCAUUUGGGAAACCAAUUGCAUUAUCCACUUUCGGACUUUCCAGAUUUUAAGGCUAUUUACAAAUUCAUUUUUCAAGCCGGUUCUCCUGACUGCUCUGAACCAAUCACAGCAGACUACAAUUUCCAGCACUGAUGGAAAAGAUCUGCGAAGUGUCAGGCAAAGGUUGAAAAUAGUCCUCACAGGUGAAUAUAAAACCUAAGCAGUUGAAAAAGAACCUGAAAAAAUUCAGGCGUGACGAGUAAUAUAUUAAACCCUGACUUUUGCGAUGACCCGACGCAACUCUCUAUCCAUUAAGCUAAUCAAGCUAACUGGAGAGCGGGCCAUUGUGUGAGUUGGUAAUAUUCCCGAUGGUGGAAAUGACAUGAAUGGAAAUAUAUGAAAUGAAUGUCAUUUCAUACGUUUCCAUUCAAAGGUUGAAGGUUGAAGGGUUAAUGUUGAAGAACAAUUGAAGUAAGGAAAGAAACAUCUUUCUCCACUAUCAGCACAGAGUGGGUUAUGCGAACGCUCGCGAAUGGAGCGAAUUUUUCUCUAAAAGAAAUCUAAAAAUAGAAACGCACUCUGGCACUGUAGUGGUAAGUAGUCGACGGACGCUCCUAAUAAUGGACUCCUAACGGAAACAAGUAGCCCAAAACGUUUCUGAAAGUAGGCUGGUGUACGGACACUCCAAGAUACAUACUUAGUAUUAGAAAGAGACGCUAGGCUCCGUAUUAUUGAUCCCUGUUAAUUAACAAUUAUUCCACGAAUGCACGUUGGAUAUGAGUUGGCUAUAAUCAUCUCAUAUCCAACAAGCGCGAGUGGAAUAAUUGAUUUAUUAAAAACGCCCUCAAAAUAUCGAGAACUCUUCCUGACUUUAUUUGUAAAAACAACCGAUUUUCAGCUUGUUUUGAAUUUGAGCAGACGCGUAUAGUUACCAUAUUUGGAGAGCUUGGUAUAAUGGCUCAUAUACGGCUAAGCCAAUCAGAGCUCUAGAAUUGCACUAUCCAAAGCUUCAGUUCUUAGUAAUGUUGUAUAAUCGAUAUGAUACGACUUUUAUUAUCAUUCCCUCUCAGAGUGCCUGGAACCCGCUGCCAGAGUAGUCAGUCGCUGGAAGAAUGGGAACUACUAUAAAGGCGAAAUUGAUUCAAUAACCAACAGAGUAAACGUGUUAUUUGAUAAUGGUGUAAGGAUGGCUUAUAAUCCACGGGAUAACAUAGAUGUAGUGGUGGACAGAAUUCCAGAACAUAACGAAUUGCCAUGGGGAAGCCAGGUUCUUGUCAAUCGACCCAGAUCACGCGCGUUUGAAAUUGGGUACAUACGAGAUAUCAAGAAUGGUCGAUUUGUGAUUUUGUACGAGAAUGGAGACGAAAUACUGCACACCUUAGAUCAGAUAAGAUCAUUCAAUAAGUCAAGAAUAUGUGGUAAGUCAUCAAAAAUUUGUAUAUCUUUAAAAAAAAACUUUGAAACAUAACUGUACAUUCAGAAUGAUGCAAGCCGAAAUGGCUUAUGAGAGCACGUUUUUUAUGCAUCUUUGAACUGACCAAUUACAGAAAAAGUUCGAUUUAAUGUACCUCACGGACGUAUUAUGAGUACAGUCGAACUCUCUUUGGUACUCCGUCUUGAAAGACGCAUAAUAGACUAGUUUGACCAAAAGCACAUGUCUAGUGUCUGUCUUCAAACUGGACGAAUUACGAGACAUAAUCCAAAUAGAAAAGGCCAGUUGAAAGUUACAUUCAGGUCAAAGGUGCAACACCGCCACAGUAACGAAUAGAAGGAAACCAAGUCAUAUCAGUAGUACGUUUACAAGAAAGAAUAAUGCCCAGUCUAGCCCUCGGGAUGUGUGAAUGUCGCCAUUUUUGAGAAUUUUCAAUUUAACGCUUGAAAUUAAUCUGAAGUUUGUUUUUGGAGAGAUCCUUAAACUUUUAUUCGGUGUUCUCAACGGAGAAUUCAACAGUCAUCAUCACAUGCUUGUUUGCUUUGAGGCAGUCGCGCGUGGACAAUCGAUUAAAAAUGUAUUAACGACCAAUUUAUUUACAACCUCUAAAAAUAACUUAAGUGAAAUUCACAAAUACAGACCAACUCCCUAAGAUUCACUCUCUGUUCCAUUAUUCACUCCUGGUUACUGUUUACUGUUCCAGAUGAGCCCGCAUACCUGGGCUGUUUCCGCGACAUCUUGCCCAGACAUCUUCAGGUGUAUAUCCCCACUCGCCCAGCUACCAUCGGAGCAUGCGUGGACACUUGCAAGUCACAGGGCUUUAGUAUAGCAGCUUUACGUAACUCGGACCUGUGCUUUUGUGGCAAUUCAUACAGCAAAUCUUAUCAAGCUACGGAGAAAGAGUGCGAUAUGCCUUGCUAUGAUAAUUCGUAUGAGGUUUGCGGUGGUUUUAUGACGUUUUCGCAGUACUGGACAGGUAAGAUUUAUCACGACACUGUAAAGCUAAGGCACGGAGGUACUUUCUAACGGCCUAUAUAUGGGGCGGAUUAACAAACUACAAUUAAAGACUACAAUAGAAAGUCAUAAAAGCCUUUGUAUUCCAAAUUUAUAGAAAAAAAUAGCAAAAGAUAAAAUAUAAAACAAUUUAAGGUACAAAAAUCACUAAAGUCACGUUAUAAUCAGUCGCAUCAAUUUCUAAGUGAAAGAAGUUUUUAUUUCCUUCGUCAAGAGGAGGUAUGACCUUCAGAUUGUUCUUUAGAUUUAUGCCUUCAUUCAAGUGAAGUAAGAGGAAUGGAGAAAAAAAGCUUUUACAGGAAAGAAAAAGACAAAUAUGUGUAGUUAAUUAAAAAUACUCGAGCGUUAAUCGUACUGAAUCAAUCACCGAGGUAAUACAGCGGAACCCCGCUCUACGGACACCCGAAUAUAAUGGACAGUUUAUAACGCUCAUAUUUUUUCUGAAAAAAAAAAGAGGACACCGGUUAAUGGGGACAACGGACACUUUUCUGUGUCCCGAGUCACAAACUUUCAUAUAUCGUCAACCCCGCUUUACUGAUGGUUCUUUUCUGCGCACUGUCCUUAACUGAGUGUCUUACCAAUGAAGAGACUAUAAUACGACUCAUGAUCGAAAGAUUUCUUUAGGAUGAACUUGUUGCAGUUACAGUUAAGAAAUUAUACAACGUUUUCUCGUUAAAAAGUCUGCUUUAGUCUUUGUAUCGAUAAAAAAUGUAUCAGUGACAUUUUUUCUGAUCAUGCCCCCUUGGUGCCCGUAUUAACCGGCUUCCACUUGUUCCACUGUACUUCUUAAAUUCACCAUGUGUUAUAAGUCAUCAAUUCAACGUGGUCCAGUUAGACAAUAAACUCCUAGAAUUUUUCACAGCCAUAAGCUUGAAUAUUGAUAUACCUUAUCGAACUUUCAGGUAUUGUGGAUUCAGCUUUCGGUGAAGUUCCUCCUAAACCAGGUAGGACGGUGAUAUACAUUUGGGAAUAAAGUUUAUCACACAUAUUUCACUCAAUGGUUCUUAUUCUUGGUUCUUCUUUUGUUCAACAGGAAUGCAGAAGCAUUUCAUCCCUUCAAACCAUCCAAUACCGUGGGAACUGCUAACGCACGGUAGUGACAUUUGUUUACUUCACUAUUACUUACGAAUUCACCUCUUUAGGAACAAGAAGGGGACUGGAGUCGUAAUACGUCCCGCAAUUGUUUCUGGGAUAGUUACCGCACCGGUCAGCUAUUGGUCAAUUUUUUCCUGUCCCUUUCAACAGUCCAAGAAGUCUUCGCGAAAGCUAACUUGGCCCAGUUUUCUUCCUGUUUCUAAAGUGACGAGUAACCGUAGCUUGUUAGAUUCUAUGAACUUCAUGACUCGGUUUAAUAAAGACUUGUCUAGCUACGAACUGAGACGAAUGCCAAGUCAUGCGUUAUACCAUAGAGUACCAUGCUCACUUUUCAUAGAUAAUUCAAGUAUUGAAUCUGGUCUCUGAUUUUUUUUUUUACAGCUCGAUCCAAACACCCUUCAAGAUACAUGCCGGUAUCAGUACGCAACCGCGGUCGAUACGAAGGUUAUCAGUCGAAAGGUAGUAGGAAUGAUAGAAGUUGUAUACCCUUAAUUACACGAGUAUAUUCAGUGCAAGUCUUGCAUUUAUAUAUCUUGUAGUAUGACAGAAAAAAAAACUAACUCAAGUUAAAUUGUUUCUACAGGGAAUAACGCUGCACCAUUUCGAAAACAACAGACAGCUCAAUUUCCAAGUUAUCAAUCUCAGGGUAGGUUGCCUACAACCCAGUUAACACAAAAGCGGUGCCCAAUGUAAUUAUAUUUACACGAUAUAAAUUAGGGAUGCGGUGCCCAAAAUUUCAGGCACCGGUGUCCAUUUUUAGGAAUGCUGAGCCCAAAACGCUUGUCGGAUUCACAUCUUUAAUUAAGUGGGGAUCUCUCUAAUCCAGAUCCUACUAAGAUCAGAGAACAGGACGUGGCCUCAAAAAUAACUUUCGUUUGUCAUGUGGGCCUCCGUUUGGCGUAAAAAUAAGAUAGGGGCCUGGGCUCGCCGGGCUCCUCCCCUGAAUCCACCACUGCAGUCAGCUUUUCAAUCAGUUAUUCGCAAAGUAAGGAAAAAAGAUCUUGUGUUGGAAUUGCUAUCUUUAACUGAUUCUACUGGAAAUGUACGUUAACAUUAUGUCCCCUCAAUUUGUAAUGUCCAGAAAGCAAAAUCUACUCUCGCCUUGAUUGUUGCUUAUACAUAUAUUUCAGGUAAACCUUUCAGUUCACCUAGCAUAUACCAGAGGUAUCAACAAUUUUAUGGAGCAAAGCCAUGUAAGUACGAAUUAAUUUUGUGUCCCAUUUCUGUUUUUAUCACUUACAAGCGCUCGAUGAUUGGAGAAGAAAAUACCUUAUGCAAGACUCGGCCAGUUCUGGAUGAGGGGCUUUCCCGGCCAAGAACCUCCACUUCUUUUAACGAGCCUGGCUUUCAUUUUUCAUAUAACUGUUACCUGCUUUUUAGAUAGCUGAUAGAAUGAUCUUCCAUUAUAAUAUCCAAAAGUUUCAGAUGUUUUCCAACAAAGAGACGUUUAGGGUGCAUAACCCUUCUUCAGUGUUAAGAAAACCCUGCCUCUUACUUGUGUUUCCUUCAUCUUUAAGGUUACUAAAGAAAUUCACUUUUUGCAGCGGUUCCGUUAAGACCUUUUUGUCCGUUGUUACAGUGUUGUGCUAAGCCACUGAUCGUAACGAUCCACCUACGCUAGCGCUGAGUUCAGUGCAUUGCGACAAGUGUAAAAAACUCCGGAGGGUGACACUAGUUCUAUACAAAGAUUUGCAUUGUGAAUUGCUUUUUACCCGAACAGAUGCGGUUGAUUUGAUUUUCACUCUGCAAGAAGCGAUUCAGUCUGUAUUUUGAAAUAAGUUUCUUUGCUGGGAGCAUGGAGCCACCGAUGACUAAAGAGUCACUUUGUCUCCCAUAAGAUCUCCACAUCUCUAUCGUCACCUUUUAAUAGCAUCUUCUCCACAAUUUUUAUAACUUUUACUUUUGUGCAUUUUAAUCUCUCAUAAAAAAAAUCCAAGAUGUCUUUUUACCUUAUUUAAGUAACUCUGGAGAAGAAAUCCACUCUCGUCUCCUUUGCUGUGUCAGUAUUACCGUAAAAUUCCGAAAAUAAGCCCCUCCGUUAAAUCGCCCCUCCAAAUAUAAGCCCCCUGGGGGCUUGAACUUGGAAAAUUGCGCUCAAAUACAACCUAACAGAGUAAAACAAAGUAAAAACGGAAAAUUUACUUCUAACUAUAAGGCUAGCCCAAUCGAUUUUGAAACGCAAAUUUCCCUCCGUAGAUAAGCCCCUCUAAAAAUAAGCGCCUCAAAAAGGGCUUUUGAAAAAUAUAAGCCCUAGCCAGGGUUUAUUUUCGGAAUUUUGCGGUAUAUUAAAGUUUCAUAAUUCACGCAGAUUCAGUCAACUACAAUGGUCGACAGCAACAACCGAUCUCAGGAUAUAAUCAUCGAUUUGCAGGUUAGUGGCGCAUGUCAGGGGUAAAUUCUCUUAGGCUCUGUUUAUAAAAAAGCGAACUUUAAUAAAAUAAUUAUUAUAUUCUUCCUUAUUGGAUAAGCGAUUGCUUAUAAACAAUUAUUGGAUGAGGUUUUUUUUUAUGAUAUCUGCAAUAAUCAAGGUCGAGGUAAGUGUUAUCAGCCGAUGCGAGCCGAAGGCUGAGGCUGAUAACACUUACCGAGACCUUGAUUAUUCGGAUAUCACAAAAACCGAAUCUAAUAAUUGUUUUAUUACACAUUGUUUUGAAAUGAAUAACGACAAACACACCGUUGCAUGGAACCGAUUUGAAUUGCCCUCGGAAAUCAUGCAUUGCGCGUGCAUUUUACAGAUUAGUAGGUUGCGCUUAUUUCCAAAAUUAAGUGUAGGCUCCUAGCCAAUGAGAAGAUAGAUAGCGAGUACAAUGUAUAAUAAUAGAAGUUAUAGCCAACUCGGCGCAUUUACCACCUCGUAUUCAAACGCGCGCUAGUUGAAUAGCUGUUAAUUAUAUAUCAUAUUUAAAAGUUUCAAAGUUCUUUACAUUCAUUGGAUGAUUUUGACGAUAAAUUUACAAAACCUUUAAUCACUUAUUGCCAAUGACCUUCGUCGUCGUCUCAAAAUAUUCGCCUAAUACCUGUGCUUUUCCUUUAGCGUCUAAUCCCAGGGCUGCUGCGUCAUAUGGCAGCGCAUAUCAGAGGCAAGAUUACCGCUGGCCUUAUAAUUACAACUACAACAUCUACCACAAUAAAAAUUAUAACUAUCAAAAUGGCGUCACUAACAGGCUCUAUAAUGGUGAGGAAUAACUUCAAUAUCUUUUCAUAUAAGCUUAUUUUUUUCCUGUAUCUGGUUAUGAACAAAGCUAGAGAUGAUAUUAAUAAUAAUGAUAAUAAUAAUAAUAAUAAAAUUUGGGAAUCAAAUAUUCUGCGUACUGUUUUAAGUAAAAUUUCUCUUUAUUUGUGAACAUAUUACUCCUAUUGUUGUGCAAAGAAGUAAGAAGACAUAGUGUAAUAGAGAAAACUUGGACAGGAAUUUGCUCAUUACGUCUUGUCUGUUAAUGCAUCCAUUUUGUAAUUAUUGGCUGAAUUUUCCUUACAAGGCUACCCACCUAGUUAUCAAAGGAGACCCGCACCAAGGCCGUCACCUCAAGAGAAAGCUAAACUGAUGCGUGAGUAGACUUUCGGUAUCAAAAUUAGAUAUUGCGUUGAGUGUUAAGUUGCGUACAGACAGACAAGCCUAGUCAAACCCAGCCGCCCGAGUAACUUACCAUCUUAGGAAGCUUUAUUUAAUUUUAGGCUCUAGAGAUGUCGUGUUAAAUGUAUAGAAGAUGAUCGCAGUUAUAGACGGAUGUUGCUUAAAAGGAAGAGCACGGAGAACGGCUCGGAAAAAUGAAAAAUGAGACAAAACCUGACUGAAGCGCUAGGCCUAUCCGUACCUUAAUUACACAUUCUCUGUUUUGUUCCCUUUUUUCAUUUUCCAGGCUACAGAGAAUACAAGGAAAAACAAAAAGGCGAAUAAUAUAAAACAAAGAAAUCACCACACCCCCGCAAAACUGGUAUCCCAUUACACCCUAGCCCCUACCCCUUUCCUACAAUGGCCGCUACUCUCUUGUACAGAGGUUCUGUUGUAAAAGAAGCUCAUACAUGUAGAAAAUAAUAUAGCGGAGCGCUAGGCGUGUCUUCUAUUUUCUUAGCCUUAUAUCACUCAGAUAUAGAUAUAAAAUAUUGAAAACGCCUGAAUGAGAUAGAAAAUAAAGCUUAACAUAUUGAAAACGAUAAGGGACGAUUGUGAUGAAUGUUUGUGAAAGAAAUGCAUGUUUUCUUUCUGUCAAGGUAUGUUGAAGCAACUUUUCCAACACGUCAUUGGAAGACCCUCUGUAGGUACGCGAUACGAAUGUCAAGAAUAGCAAAUGAUGCAAAAUUACUUAUGAAAAUAAAUUAUUCUAAAGUAAAUUCGAUUAAAAUGCUGUAGAGCAUGAGAAAAAAAAAGUACUUUGUUCUGUUCUGAUACAGUUUCAAGGCCUCCAAGAUUUAUGGGAUGCUUUCAAGACUCCGAAGGACGUGAUCUUCCGACGGAAGUUGCAGUGACGCCGCUGACCGUUGGAGCUUGUGUCACAAAGUGCGGCCAGUCUGGCUUCUCAAUGGCUGGUCUCCAGUCCUCCACCCAAUGCUUCUGCGGUAUGACGUACAGUCGAUAUGGGAGGCUCAGAGAUGAACAGUGUUCAAUGCGAUGUGCAGGAGAUUACAACGAAAUUUGCGGUGGAUUUUUGAUGAAUUCAAUAUACUAUACCGGUAAGAAAGAGGGCUUAAUUUGUCACUGAUAAUUAUCUUAGGGACAGGUCAAAAAGUAAAUUCUCCAAACGAGACGUUUAGCAGUUUAUGUCAACAAUCCCUUUCAACCAAUAUAUCUAGCACUCCUCUACAUAAGCUUUACACGUCUGUGCGGCGCCUUUUUUCAAUAAAAAAAUAUUGCACGGAUUUAAACUAACGUGGAACGAAAUAGGGUAAAGCAAGUCGGACAAUUGGAAACCUUAUUAAAUGUCGACAGAAAAACGGUCAGGUACAGAAAGGAAGUCGUUGCACUAACGGUCUGGUAUGAAAUACGCCGGGCGUCAAAUUUUGGGUCUGGCCUGAAAUAGGGAUGAGAGAAUCUCAUUUUGGUCUGAAACAGGCAAAGGGACAAAAAGGAGUGACCACGCAGGAUAAAAAAUUUAAAAGGUCGGUGAUAUCCAGGUAGAGGAGAUGUAGGUUUUUAAAACCGACAUUGAGGUAUAUCUGGUUGUCGCGGGAUAAAGGAUGAAAUAACUUCACCAAGAUCACUUUUCCAAAUCUCCUUCGCGGUAAUGUUUCCCGUUGUUUUACCAGCAUGGAUUAGUAGUUAUUUUUGAAUAAAAUACCAUAAUGGGUGGUCGAUAAUUCCCUUGGAUUUUAUCUAGAAAGGCUUUAUGAGAUGGGUCAGCUAAAUGUAUCAAUCCCCAUUAGUUAAGAGCGGGAACGACACAAAAAUAUGACGGUGUAAGGAUAUUUUUGUUAAUUACUAUUUCCUAAAGCUUUUAAAUUCUCCAAUAUGAAGUUCGAAUGAAUUACUUGUAGAUAUUCAAAAGUUAAUUCGACCUCAUAUACGUGCAUGAAGUGGCGACUUUUUUGGUCAAAGCACAUCUACUUUCUUAUUCAUUUUUACAGGUGUCGGCCAAGCCAUCCCAUUCGGAACAAAAUAUGGUAAGUCUUGGAACACUUGAGUUUUGAGCACGAGUCUUAAGAAGGAUUUACAUCAAGACAAUCCCACUGAAACUCCCACACAGAGGCAAAAAAUAACGUUUAAUUUGAAGGGUUCUCGAAGUGGAAUGUAGGAUCAGUUUGUAGCUCUUUUUCCUGCCCGCAUUCAGUUAUACCAAACCAAUGCAGACAAAACCUAAAUUGCAUUCUUACCCCGGCCGGGACGCUUGGAAGAAAAUUGUCCAAACACAACGUUUUCUGAUAACAAAAGACUCAUUCUUUUAGGCAAACGGGCUAAUAAAUUUCAGAAAUUUGAGGGUUGUUUUCUGAGAGGUCAAGUAAGUUUAAACGGGUUUUAAAAUUUUCAACGGUCGCAAAUUUCAGUUCUGAAAUACAUACAUGAAUAAAAACUGAAAAAAUCCUUUUACCUCAUGAAUGCUUGUUCCAAUUUUUCUCUAUGGCGGGUAGAUUAUACCUCUGAAGGAAAACGUUUUGUCUGAGUGAAUGUGAUUUUUGCCGCUUAUUUCAUACUGAGAGGUCAUGACACGCAUUUUCGGCAGUUAUUGUUGUUUCUGGUCGGCAUGUUUUCCUUUGACCUCUUUUCAAAUGCAAAAAAAAAUAAGGGUUUAGGUUGUUUAAUUUUCUUUAAAGAGAAUCGUUUGUUUUCCGUGAACGGUUGACUACGACGUUUUGUCACUCGAUAACUACCGCUUGCCUCGAUUGGAAAGACACAACAGAUGGAUAUACAAACUAUUCGCAACAUGUUCAUGAGCUGUAAGCUUCUUUUUGACGUGUGUUUAUUUCAAAUCAUGUCUUGUUUCGUCCCCCAUGUGAAUGUCCUGUUUAUCACAAAACUAAAUAUUCUGAAAAAUAAUUGGACACUUCUAAAAGAUCAGUAAAGUCAAUACCAGUUCCAAAUCUAAAAAAAAGUUUUUUCUGCGUAACCAAAUUUUCAAAAACAGUUCUUUAAAAGAAAAUUGAACUGAAAUGAAAAGAAAAAUUGACAUGAGACGAAGCGUCCUCCUUCCCUUUUGUUUACUGCAUGGUUAUCCUGUAAAUCCCAUAAAAUUUCCAUUCCUCAACUAAACAUCUGCUCCGAGGAUUUUGGGGAUCAUUUGCGGUCUCGGGAUCAUUUGCGGUUGGGGAUCAUUUGCGGUAUUGUACAGUUGUGUACGUUUGCAAAAAAAACUUAAGUCUGAAAACGUUGUUAUUGGACAAUCUUCUUCCAAGUGUCCCGGUUUGAAUGCCCGCACUGUAAUACCAGUUCCAAAUCUACAAAAACCAAUACAGAGAAGAACUUAGUAAAGUCCACCUGAAGAAAAGCUAAGAAACUCUUAUGUUACUGGUUAUCCUGUAAAUUGGUUUCUGAACAUCUGCUCCGAGGAGUAGUUCUACCCAUUUUUGUUUACUCCAAACUUUUGUGUCUCCAUACAGGUGCAAGGGCACAAAAGAUCACCUUUGUUAAAAAUAAUCCGCCAAGCAUUUACACAAAUCAAAAGCAUCUUAACAAAACAAACCCUUCCCGUUUUAACAAGCCGUUUACGUUGGACAAGUCAUAUAACAAAAAGGCUACAGAGACAAAAAGAAAAGACAAGAAAGCAAAUAAUGAUACAGCAAGGAAAACACCACAUCCUAAGCAAAAAGACAAUAAUAAAAGUAGACCUAUGACAAUGCAAGAUUAUGGUAAGCUUAGAAAGAUACUGCAGACCAUUUCAAAAUGGCAGCAACAGCCGCAUGGUUUACGCCACAGCAGUAAUGAAGUUAAGCACACACCAUCUCCAAGCUAUAAAGAGCUGAGAAAGAUACUCGAAGACAUGACUCCACAAAUUGUCAAGAAAAUCGCAAAUAAAAUUAUUGCUGAAGAUAUGAACAGAACAAGGUUGAGCGACAUGAAACCACUGAAAGCAGUUCACAGCUUGGACGUAAAUCUGGCUGCGACGAAGACCAAAACCGACAGAGAAACGGGUUUUAAACGAGAAAAAGUGAAUAGUUCAAGGUACAAAAACUGGAGUAAAAAGAUAAACAAAACUGCGACAAAAACCAGGAAUAAACAUGGAAAUGUUAUUUUACAAGCGGACGUUAAAACUAUCAACUCCAGUGGAAGCAGUGAAACUAAAGGAUCGUCAAAGCACAAGGUUGCUCCUGGUAUGAAACACAAAGGUGGAAACAAAACUCUCAAACUGCCAUCCCUUACUCUAACAGCCAACAAAGAAAGAAAGCACGGAUUGAACAACGAGAAAGUGAUAACACUCCUUGGUCACAACGAACAAAAUAAGAGUAAACAAGGAGAAUCGUCGCUCAAAAACAUCGCAAUGUCAGACGUUCAAUCAAGUAAGAGAAACUUCGUACAUUUCGUAAUCACUGACGAAAAUGGUAAGAAGGAUGUCAUACCGAAGACCAAAAACGAAUCGUCACAAAACAACUCACUUGUAAAUGAAACGGUGAUUGCUGGAGAAGGUAAUUUGUCACUUUUCCAAGAGCAGGAAUCAUCGUCUAGCGUUACCAAUGUAACCACGGGGAAUGACACAGGUCAAGCCCGUAACAAAAUUAAUUUCAAACCGUUGAAGUCCUCCGCCAAAUCUUCAGAGCCUUCAAAUUAUAUUGAUGAGGUAUUCGAAACACACAGCACACCUUCCAGUGACACGUUUGAUAACAAGUAUAAAACUAAUUCUAAGAAACAUAGUUUAAAAAGUCCUAAAAAGGCCACAACAAAGUCAAUAAACCUUACACACAGGCGAACACCACAUAACAAAAUUUUACACGUGGAAGCCAAGUGGAAUGGACAAAUUAAUGUGAAAGCAAACUGGAAAGACAUUGAUGAGACAGAGCCCGAGUCAAAAGGAAAGGAAAGUCCUUUUACGAAGAAAACUAAAGAAAAACUGAAGAAAGACGCAAAUAGUGGUGAGGAGGAAGGAAAUGACGAAUACAAAUUUGACGAUAUUGGUUCUAGAAACGAACUGAUUUGGAGAAAUAACCGGUCACUAAAAGAAAGACGAAAAAGAAUAUUACACCUUUGA